AUGGGAGAACGAAUAGUCCUUCCUCAUAAGCUCGUCGCGAUGGGUUCUCUACCUGCGCCCGCAUUCCCAGGCGCGGCGGCCAAACAAUGCCUUAACGAGAGCAACCGCAUUGACGAGAGCCCUUACGACGCUGUUCAAGUCGCAACAGAGCCACCUCAACUUCUUCUUCAACCACAUCGACCACUCCCAAACCCUAGCCUUCACGCGCGCCCUCCUCGACGCCUCCGGUACCGUCUUCUUCACCGGCGUCGGCAAGUCCGGCUUCGUCGCGCACAAGAUCUCGCAGACGCUCGUCUCACUCGGAAUCCGCUCCGCUUCUUGUCCCCGGUCGACGCGCUCCACGGCGACAUCGGGAUCCUCACCGAAGGCGUAGAUCCCAAAUCUUGGCUGUCCUAA